CCGGAUAUACGUCAUGACGUCGCUCGCUGGAACCUUCAGCUGUCAGACUUUGGCCACCCUAAAAGUGCAGGUUUUGUUAGCAAACUAACUCGAAGUGUACGAGCCGCGCAGACUUCAUUUAAAGUUGUGCAUCCGUCCUGCUGAUCGAUCAUUGAACGCGCGAGCUGGCGAUUGAAAGCACGAGGAUUGCACGAGGACGAAACGUUUAGUUUUAAUCGCUGCUUUUUUUUUUUUUUUGCACAAGCCAGCGAUCCUGAGCGGGUGUAGAGGCUAGAUGCAGGGAGGGAGGGAGGGAGUAAAAAAAGGCAAAAGUCUUUGUGCUUCCCUUCCCCCUCAUCAAAGCAAAGGGGAAAUGUCUCUGUCUAAAGGAGGGAAGAAGAGGAACCCUGGGCUGAAGCUGGCCAAAGAAGUGUUUGCACAGCCCACACCAGCAGCAGCAGCGGCCCCUCGAGAUCUUGACUCGAAAGCUUGCGUCACAAUUGGAGAUCAGAACUUUGUGGUGAAGGCUGAUGAUUUGGAGCAGAUUGCAGAACUGGGGAGGGGAGCGUAUGGGGUGGUGGACAAGAUGAGACAUGUGCCCAGUGGUGUUAUCAUGGCUGUCAAGAGGAUUCGUGCAACAGUCAACACUCUGGAGCAGAAGAGGCUCCUGAUGGACCUGGACAUUUCUAUGAGGACAGUGGACUGCUUCUUCACCGUGACCUUCUAUGGCGCCCUCUUCAGAGAGGGUGAUGUUUGGAUCUGUAUGGAGCUGAUGGACACGUCUCUGGAUAAGUUCUAUAAGAAGGUUAUUGAAAAAGGCAAAACCAUCCCAGAGGACAUCUUGGGCAAGAUCGCAGUAGCAAUUGUCAAGGCAUUAGAGCAUCUGCACAGUAAACUGUCGGUGAUACACAGAGAUGUGAAGCCCUCUAAUGUUCUGAUCAACACCGAGGGCCAAGUGAAAAUGUGCGACUUUGGCAUCAGUGGCCACCUGGUGGACUCUGUGGCCAAAACAAUGGAUGCAGGCUGCAAGCCCUACAUGGCUCCCGAGCGGAUUAACCCUGACCUCAACCAGAAAGGCUACAGUGUCAAGUCAGACAUAUGGAGUCUCGGUAUCACGAUGAUCGAGCUGGCCAUUUUGAAAUUCCCCUACGACUCGUGGGGCACCCCGUUCCAGCAGCUCAAACAGGUGGUGGACGAGCCGUCUCCACAGUUGCCCGCCGACCGUUUCUCCCCAAAGUUUGUAGACUUCAUCUCCCAGUGCUUAAGAAAGAAGCCAAACGAGAGACCAGCUUAUACAGAAUUAAUGCAACAUCCGUUCCUCACGCUGCAUGACUCCAAAGAGACAGACGUGGCCAGUUUUGUCAAGGUCAUCCUGGAUGACUGAUGGGCUCCCUCUGGGCUCCACCCCGUCAUGGUAGGCGGGGGACCUCUCAGCAAAAUGAACCAAUGGCCUACCUUUUUUUUUAAAACUCACUGGAAUGAAAGACUCUCAUGCACCCACACACAACAGCGGGGGAGGGGGUGACCCAAAGACUGACAAGCAGCCCAGCAGCACUGGAGUGGGAGAGUGGUGGUAAUAUGAACUUGUACGGUCAAAAACCCAACUGGAGAGGUUUAAUUCACUCCUCCAAGCUUCCUGUGUGUGCAAUUAUUCAACAUGACAAAUAUGAACUGAACCAGAUUCAUUUUUGUUUUGUUUGUUUGUUUUUUUGUCUGGUUCUUUUGUUUUUUUGUUUUUGCCCCACUGCCCCUUUAAUCUCUCUCUUCAGAAUGGACAGAGCCAGCCAUUAUUUCUCUGUGACACAUAUUGUAUGAAUACUUUGAAUUUCAUCUGCAAAACCAACAGUUAAUGUGUAUGUUGUUUGUGUAUUGAAAAGCUAUAUUUGCAAAUGCGUUUGUAUGUUUUUCUCAUUAUACAGAGUUUUGAUACUGUAUAUCAUCGACAAGUGUGAAUUUUACCGGACUAGGGCCUUAUUUGUCAGAUCACAUCAGGUGAACAGUUCGACCUGGUUCUGCCUUGAGCUGAUUGGUCAGUGCGGGGAGCUGCAGUUGUCGCGGGGCCGGGCCGUGGGAGGCCCCAAAUCCGAGACAAAAUUUGUCAAGAAAUGUCAAAGGUUACAUUCUGGACGAGAGGAGUCAUUCCUAGAUGGAUUCUUGGCGGCGAGUGAGGCAGGAAUGUAAAGCGUCCAGUAUCAUCCGAACAGAUAUCGAUCCAAGUAGAGGGCCUUCAUGCAGUGACCCCUCCAUUCUCUUCUUCUUCUUUUUCUCGGGUAUUAAUGAGUCAGCUUCGGUGCUGCCAUUGUUACUACCUGGAAGUAUUCAGGGGUUGCUUAAUCAAGCUCACAGCUUUCUCUCUUUCUGUGUGCCAUUUUUGCAAAUCAGUGAAUUACUGCAUUAAUUGUGUUUUUCUCUUGUUCUGCAUUUUCGAUUUUUAUUUCAGCAGCAUUUAAACUCCUCUCACUUGGUCUACGUUUCUCAAUUCUGGAGUCAGUAACGUCUUUUCAUAUGAGGCACUUAUGUUUAUUUUUUUUUUUCUCCCCAGAGUCCUUGUUAUGCAUUACACAGACAGUAUGUUAGGGAAAUAAUUUAUGUGUUGAAGAUGUAAAUACUAUCUCCUUUUUUAAUGUAACAUGGCACUGUCCUACCCUGGCAAUGCUGAUGAGUGGUAGAAUGGUUGGUAUUAGUUAGUUUUAAUGCAGUGUGACACGCAUACACAAACACUUGUACUCGCAGGGCCAGCUGACUAUCGUACACCUAUUUUGGACUGAUGUGCUGUCAGGCUCCACCGCUCAGGUUUCUGUGCUCUCCUUCAUGCCGAGACGGCCCCAUUUAUUUUUCCCUAGGUCGUACUCUCCUUGAGUGCUUGACCGAGAGCCUCUUUUUAGUCCGUGGUGGGCAGCCAUUAUCUUUUCUGUCUGACCAUACUAUGCAGAGCUCCUUUUGCCUUUGACAAACAGCAAGAGGCCCCUGCCAUGUGGCAGUUUCCCCACUCCCAAGUGUUCAGACUGUGAUGAUGAUGGUGUUGGUGAUGAUGGUGACAAUAGUGACGAUAGUGAUGACUGCCAUGCCUCUGCUCACGGCUGGCACUCAUCGUCUCUCUGGUUUACACUGUAGUGCAACCUUUAUCAAAAGUCAGUGAGUUAGGAGUAUUUAUGAUUGUGAGUAAUAAGGGAAAGCUAGCAACACCACAAAGAAGCUGCUGUUAUUUUUUUGUUUUUUUUUUGUUCUUUUUUUUUUUUUUUUUAAGUCGGUCUUCUUUGGAUGGCCAUUCCCUUGGUGUGUAAAAGUGAGUUUUUACACUGAUCACAACGAGAAUGGAACACUUGCUCUACCUCUUACUCCUUCACUCUAUUUGCCACCUUUUCAUUGGGUGGGACUGACAAACUUGAACUAUGGAAAGACAAAAAAAUAAAGGCUUUAUUGUUCAGUA